AUGACGGAGAAUAUUGAGAUGGAGAGGAUGAUGGAGGGGCAUGGGGAUAGGAAUGAAGAUGAGAUGGUAGAGAUGGAGAUGAUGGAGAUGGAGAUGAAGAUGGAGGGAGGUUGCAAAAUCAAAGCUCUGAGAGCGAAGACCAACACUUACAUCAAGACCCCCGUCCGUGGCGAAGAGCCCGUCUUCAUGGUGACGGGGCGACGGGAGGACGUCGCCAUGGCCAGGAGGGAGAUCAUUUCGGCCGCUGAGCAUUUCUCCAUGAUCCGUGCUUCCCGCAACAAGGCCGGCCCCGCCUUUGGCAGCGCCCCCACCUUGCCCGGCCAGGUCACCAUCCGGGUCCGGGUCCCCUACCGUGUGGUGGGCUUAGUUGUGGGCCCCAAAGGAGCCACCAUCAAGCGGAUCCAGCAGCAGACCAACACCUACAUCAUCACGCCCAGCCGCGACCGAGACCCCGUCUUUGAGAUCACGGGGGCCCCCGGCAACGUGGAGCGAGCCCGGGAGGAAAUUGAAACCCACAUCGCUGUCCGAACAGGCAAAAUCCUAGAGUACAACAACGAGAACGACUUCCUGUCCAGCAGUCCUGACUCAGGCAUGGAAAACCGCUACUCGGAGGCCUGGCGGGUCCACACUCCAGCCCCGGGCUGCAAACCCCUCUCUACCUUCCGCCAGAACAGCCUGGGGUGCAUCGGCGACUGCUCCUUGGACCCUGCCUACGAGACGCCCCGGCUGAACGACCAAAAUGAUUUCAAUUACAGUUACCUCUUCCCUAACUACGGGGUCAACAAGCAAGAUCUAUAUUACGGGGUCCCUGAGUCGGGAGCCCCGCUGUGGGCUGGCCAGGAAAACACCAACCCAGUUUCCGUGCUCUUCUCCAAACAGCGCUCAGGCAACGCCAGCACCCUCCACCCCAAUUCGCACCGCUCCCCCUCGUCAUCCAUCCAAGAGCCCCCCCUCUCCGGGCUUCCGAGGCGGUCUCAGGGGGAGCCCCUGCAAGGGUUCUCCAAGUUGGGUGCUUCCGCGACCAGCCGGACAUCCCUCUCAAGCAGCCGGGAGUGCAUGGUGUGCUUCGAAAGCGAGGUAACGGCGGCCCUGGUUCCCUGCGGCCACAACCUCUUCUGCAUGGAGUGUGCCGUGCGGAUCUGCGAGCGGACCGACCCCGAGUGUCCCGUCUGCCACGCGGCAGCGACUCAGGCCAUUAGGAUAUUUUCUUAA